GUGGAAUUGAAUACCUUAGAGAUUGCUUUCUAGGUCUUGCAUUUGAUUUACUGUGAAAAGAUCUUCUAAAGGAAAAUUGAUGGUUUGAUUAGAGUUCUACUGGUUGAUUUUUAGAGUAACCAAACGCUGAAGUAACUUGACUUUGGAGAAGUCCAAGUUAAUGUUGAUCUUUUUUCCCUUGGAUCAUAAGAGAAGGUAAACAAUAUAUCCGAACACUACGAAAGAUCAUUAGCCAAACAGUCAGAUCCCAGAAUGAAAAUGUUGAUGAUUAGAUUCCUAUAGUUAUCAGUGAGUUGAGUCUUAGAAACAUUAAUAUUAAGUUUGCUAUGGAUUGUGAGCCCUACUGGGAUAUCCAUAGUUCUUCCAACAAGUUCCUUAUUCACAUUAACAUCUAAUUUUAUGAGACAAAGGAGAUAUAGAUAAUACUUAGGAUGCAAGCAUAAUCUUUUGUUUGCUGUGAACAAUAUUUCUUGGGAAUUACUUUUGGAUAUGAUAUUUUUGUCCAAUGGAGUAAGAAUAAUUGUAUGAUAUUAUUUGAUGGAACCAAAACUGUAUUUUGCUGAUCAGCAUUUGUUGAUAUAUACUUUGUUACAGACAGGGACAUGAGUCUGAUUACUAGCUCUCUGUCAAUCUAGAGACAAACAAACAAGAUAAUUGAAUGGAUUCAGAUUCAAACUGUGUACCCAAUUGAAAUCAGGUUGUCCAAAUAUUGUCAUUCUGUCACCAGAUGUAGCUUUCUUUCGACUCCAGAAGUCACCUGGGCCUUCUCAGUGAUGUGAUUCCCUUCUUCAUGGUUUACAUGCAAUGCUUCCCUUUUCACUGUCUUACAUAUUAAUAUCUUGUGAUCUGAGUUAGGCACAGGGCAAACAUAAUCAUCUUCCAUUGCUCAAGUUUCAGGACCAUCUUCCUCUUCAAUAAUAUGGUCAGGAAGCUGAAGAAGAAGAAAUGAUCCAGACUGAUGACCAACUUGUGAAAGCAAGAAGAAUGGAUGAGAGAUGUUUAGAUUGCAAGCAUGCAUGGCCACUUGCUGUUGAGCUCAUGUUGCUAUUGGACAGGCCAAAGACUUAUUUCUACUGAGAAAGCUCCUCAAUGGACUGCAGCUCUACUUGUUGCAUGCGCAGAACUCCACCGACCGCCGUCCUACCACAUCCUGUUUCAAUACCUACCAUCCUCGAUCUCACAGAAGCUACCAACUGCAGCCAGUGACAUCUUCUACCUCAAACAACCACAUCUCAGAUAUGGAAGGACAUGGAGGUUCAGUUGAUGUUACAGAAUCUGCUCCUUCCCUCCGAUGGCCAAGCUUGGGUCCCAAGAAAGUGAAAGGGAUAUCUAGAGCAUGGGGCUGUUCUACCACUGCUCUCUCUCUCUCUCAACUAUUAUAUGCGGACUAGACUCCACAUUCUCAUAAAGCCAAGCCCAAAUGGAGCUGGUCGGUUGCCGCCAUUAGAAUAAUCCGUGGUGCAGCAGAAGAAGAACCACAAAGGAAGACCCUGCCACUACCUCCCCUGCAGUCUAUAAAGUUGCUCAGCCCAACAUUUGCACUCUGCAUCUCUCCCUUCCAAUUCUCUUCCCGGUCUUGCACUUACGCUGCAUCAACUGGCAAAUGCCGCAAAUGGAGCUCGCUAGGAUGGUCAUUCUGCUUGUCUUCAUCUCCUCUACCUUCUACUCUAUUCCCGUGCACGCGAGGAGUCAUCAUCACCACCAUAAGAAGCAUCCAAAGCGGGACGGUUCUGAACCGCCUCCGUCCCCGUCCAUUAGUCUGCCUCCCGCUUCCGCUCCCGCUCCCUCCCCUGAACCUACCACUGCAGUUCUCAAUGUGCUAUCAUUUGGAGCAGUCGGAGACGGAGUGUCCGACGACACCGAGGCGUUCAAGAGCGCGUGGGACUCCGCGUGCGAGGAAGGGCCGGGCGUCGUCCUCGUCCCGCAAGGCUACGCCUUCAAGAUCAGGUCGACCAUCUUUGCAGGGCCUUGCCACGGUGAACUCACACUUCAGGUCGAUGGAACGAUCAUGCCACCCGAUGGCCCCGACGCGUGGCCUCAGGGCACCAGCAGGCGGCAAUGGCUCGUGUUCUACAGAGCCAAUGACUUGACGCUGCAAGGCGGUGGACUCUUCGAUGGGAAAGGAGCCAAGUGGUGGGAUCUCCCCUGCAAACCCCACAAGGGAAGGAACCACACGACAUUGCCCGGACCCUGCGAUAGCCCUGUCGCUUUUAGAUUCUUCAUGAGCUCAAAUCUAGCAGUGCACGGAAUCAGAAUCCAUAACAGCCCUCAGUUCCAUUUCCGAUUCGACAACUGCAGGAACGUCACCGUGGACGCCAUCUUAAUCAACUCGCCCGCUCUCAGCCCCAACACCGACGGCAUUCACGUGGAGAACAGCGUCGACGUGGGAAUCUACAACUCGGUCAUCUCCAGCGGUGACGACUGCGUCUCCAUUGGAGCCGGCAGCACCAACAUACACAUACGUAAUCUCACAUGCGGACCGAGCCAUGGCAUCAGCAUUGGUAGCCUGGGGAAGCAGAACACGCGGGCUUGCGUGACCAAUGUAACAGUGAAGGACUCGGUGAUCAAGCACUCGGACAAUGGCGUCAGGAUCAAGACGUGGCAGGGUGGGUCGGGGUCGGUGUCAUGGGUCAGCUUUGAGAACAUACGCAUGGACACCGUGAGGAAUCCCAUCAUCAUCAACCAGUACUACUGCCUCACCAAGGUGUGCAAGAACCAGACGUCGGCGGUGUACGUAUCGGACGUCUCCUACGCCGGCAUCAAGGGCAGCUACGACACCAGGAGCCCCCCCAUCCAUUUCGGCUGCAGCGACGCCGUUCCCUGCACCAACAUCACGCUGACGGACGUGGAGCUGCUCCCCGCGCAGGGCGACGCCAUUGCAGACCCCUUCUGCUGGAACGUGUACGGCGAGUCGCAGACGCUAACGAUCCCUCCCGUCUCCUGCUUGUUGCAGGGGCUUCCUCGCUCCAUAACGGACAUCGAUUCAGAUAGGUGCUACUGAGGAUGUUACAGUAGAAAUCACCGUGAAUGUACACUGCAACAGAAGCGCUAUAUAGAGAUAUAUGGCCUUAUACUCGAUGUAAUAGUGAUCCUAAAACGAAGCUUGUUUUGUACUCAUCAUUAGCUUGC